GUACGGUGGCCCGCCAUUUUAACUAGAAUACGCUUGGCUUCUCUGUUUCCUUCCAGCCACCCAUACCAGUUAAACGUUUGAUAUUUAUUUGGUAUUUAGUUAUUUAAAUGAUUGUGGCUGUUUUUGAUAGGGAGAGAAAACGACUGUAAUUUUGCGUCGCCUGCUUUGGGCUAACGUUGUUUUUAGCAAUUGAAUGAAGAGUUGAGGUGAAGGAUGACUCAGUUUCUACCUCCCAACUUGCUGGCCCUGUUUGCGCCGCGGGAUCCUAUACCCUUUUUGCCUCAAUUGGAGAAACUUCCUCACGAGAAGCAUCAUAACCAGCCAUACUGCGGCAUUGCGCCCUUCAUCAGGCACUUUGAGGACCCAAGAGAUGCACCUCCACCCACUAGGGCAGAGACUCGUGAUGAGCGGUUGGAGAGAAAGAGGAGAGAGAAGAUUGAGAGGCGCCAGACUGUUGUGGAGACAGAGCUCAAGCUUUGGGAUCCUCACAAUGACCCGAAUGCACAAGGGGAUGCUUUCAAGACUCUCUUUGUGGCCAGAGUGAACUACGACACCACAGAAUCCAAGCUUCGCCGCGAAUUUGAGGUCUACGGGCCCAUCAAACGGAUAUACAUUGUCUACAACAAGAGAACAGGGAAGCCGCGAGGCUACGCCUUCAUCGAGUAUGAACACGAGAGAGACAUGCACUCUGCCUACAAACACGCGGAUGGGAAGAAGAUUGACGGCAGGAGGGUGCUGGUGGAUGUGGAGAGGGGCCGCACUGUGAAGGGAUGGCACCCUCGCAGGCUAGGCGGAGGACUGGGUGGCACCAGGAGAGGCGGGGCCGAUGUCAACAUCAAGCACUCUGGACGGGACGAUGCCUCUCGAUACGACGACCGUCCCAUCGGAGGGGAACGAGAGCGCGAGCGUGGCGUUGGCGAACGGAGAGAGCGCAGCCGUGAGCGUGAAAGAGACAAGGAGCGUGGCGAGAGACGGAGGUCCCGCUCUCGCGAGCGCCGCCGUGGUGGCCGCAGUUCCCGCUCCAGGGAGAGGGUCCCUGCUAUAGGCUUAGGGGGUCCUGUGGAGGAUGCCAGCGGAGGCAGCAGCAGGCGUAGGGAGAGAGAGAGGGAGCGUGGGGGGGUAGGAGAUGACAGCCGCAGCAGGGAAAGGAGCCGCGACAAAGACAGGAAGAGGAGGAGCCGCAGCAGAGAGCGAAAGAGGGACAGGGAGAGGCCCAAGGGUGGAGAUGGGGAGGAAAUCGUCGUGGGUCUGGGAGAAGGCAUGACGGGCGAGGGAGGGGACAGGAUGCCGGAGGAUCCUAGUGGUGGUGAGGAGGGGGGCGAGGUGGGUGAGGAGCGUGGGAGAGAGCGGGACAGAGAGAGGGAACGAGACCGGGACAAGAGGCGCAGUCACAGGGACAAGGACCGCGACAGAGACCGAGAACGGCGCAGGGGGGAUAGGGAACGAGAGAGGGAGCACAAGAGAGACCGUGGAGACAGGGAGAGGGGAGGUGGGGAACGCAGGGAGGACAGGCAUGCAUCUCUCCUUCAGAGAGACGACAUGGGUUCCCAGGAUGACAUGGGCAAUGGUGAGGAAGGUGAGGCGCCACCCCAGCUGGAAGACAACAGCCAAGACGGUAUGAUGAUGGACCAAGAGUCUAUGCAGUCAGGUGAAGGUUAUGUCUCCAAUGAGAAUGGCUACAAGAUUGAGCCCCCUGCAGACGAGUACUGAGAGCCGGGUUGGCUUGGCCAAUGUCUUUUUAUUGUAUUUUGUUUAAAGAUGUACUUUUUUUUUUUUGUCCUUUUCUUGGAAUGAUACUAUUUUGGAAUGAUGCUUUGAUAGUGUAACAACCACUGGGGCAGUCUAGGCAUAGGAAUGUAUAGGCCAUUUCAAAGUUAGACAGGAUUCCUUUCUUUACCCUUUUUUUGCGCAUAAAACCAAGGUUUCCCACAGCAAUGACACUUUGCUCAUUAGAAAGCUAAAAGAGGGCCCAAGGUCCUUUUUUCGGACUUGCUCAAAACCAACUGUGGCAUGGCCAUUUUCUGCUUUGUGAAUUUGUAGUCUAACUGAUUGCCUGGAAAGUUCAACAUAGUAUUGUCCCACCGAAUGCAUUUUGUCUGGAUUAGUCAAUUGGUUAAAUGGUGUAGAUUUCAAUCUUGGUUGCCUUUUGUGUGUGUUGAGGGGGGGGGAGGCACUAAAUUGAAAAUACUUGGUCUUUUCCUUAACCAAUGUGUAGAACUUUAUGAUUCUGUGAGGCUGUAGCCAUAUUUUGUCAUGCAAGGUCUUUCUUUAGGAAGCCUUGUCUACCACAAUAUCAUCUGUCACAUAACGAAGUCCAUAUUCCUUGACAUGGAAGUACACCGUUGUUAAAAAUGAAAGGAAAAUUGCUUAUCUUUUUUUUUCUUCAGUAAAGUAGCAUGGAGGGGGAGUUCUUCUGAAUGGAAUUUGUUCCGUUGACCUAAAUGGAAUUUGUUCUGUUGAUCUUUAUUCUGUCGAAAUAAAUGGGAUUUUUUUAUAAUUUAAAA